GAGCUACGGCUCCCAGGCGAAGGAAGAGGAGGAGCUGCGCGUCCGGUACCUGGACGAUGAGCACAAAGGAAUUGUGGUGCUUGGAUUAAACAGAUCUCAUGCCAAGAAUGCACUUAGCAAAAACCUUGUAAAAAUGAUGUCAAAAGCUGUGGAUGCUUUGAAAUCUGAUAAGAAAGUACGAACUGUUGUAUUCCGGAGUGAAGUGCCGGGGAUAUUCUGUGCUGGUGCUGACCUUAAGGAAAGGGCAAAAAUGCACUCAAGUGAAGUUAGUUCUUUUGUCUCCAGAGCAAGAGCAACUAUUAAUGAAUUGGCUAAUCUGCCUGUACCUACUAUUGCUGCAAUAGAUGGAACUGCCUUAGGUGGUGGCCUAGAACUUGCGUUAGCCUGUGAUAUACGGGUGGCAGCAUCUUCUGCCAAAAUGGGCCUAGUUGAAACAAAGUUGGCCAUCAUUCCAGGUGCAGGGGGGACACAAAGAUUACCUCGCACAAUUGGAGUGUCAUUGGCAAAAGAACUAAUCUUCUCUGCACGCAUUGUAGAUGGUGAGGAAGCAAAAUCAAUAGGAUUGAUCAGCCAUGUGGUAGAACAGAAUGAAGCAGGGGAUGCUGCAUACAGAAGAGCAUUAGCUCUGGCGAGAGAAUUCUUACCUCAGGGACCAGUAGCAAUGAGAGUUGCAAAACUGGCUAUCAAUCAGGGAAUGGAGGUCGACUUAGUAACAGGUUUAGCAAUUGAAGAAGCUUGUUAUGCUCAGACUAUCCCAACAAAAGAUAGAAUUGAAGGCCUUCUUGCAUUUAAGGAGAAGAGACCUCCUCGCUACAAGGGAGAAUAAAAGAAUCUGAUGCCUUUAAAAUACAGGGGGAUAAAAGUACUUCUAUGAGGACCAUUAAGGUGCACUUUGCAUCCGCACCUGGGAUAUCACAAUCACCAAAGUAACAGCAAAUCAUACAGAUGUUACAACAUUUUGAAUGUGUCCAUACUUGUACGAAGCCAAGAUAGAAAUGUGUGUCAGCUCAUGCUCAUUACAAUUUCUGAUGGUUGAUCUGUGUAAUGGCAAAGUCACAGGUUCAUGCAGCAUUUUUAAAAUUUCAAAUGUAUGAAACAUACCAUUACACAAUUGAAAAAGCUCUGUAAUUCUUUACAUAGACAAAAUGUAUCUGUGAUGUUAAGCAUAAAUCUGCUAUAUCAUUUUAUCAAAACAAAAGCAACUACUGAACACCAAAAAUAAGAAAUUGUACCAAAUAUGCAUUUAAAUGAUUCUGGAUAUCAGUAAAAAUUAUAUUGAGUAUUCUAUCAGAAUAUCUAUAUUAUUAAUAAAGCUAGGGGAAAUGAAAAGGAUUAUAAUUUAGAAAAUGUUCAGCUUUGUUUAUCUUACUUAUGCUAUCCUAAGCAAAUGAAAUUGACUUUAGCACUUAAUGGUGUCCUUUUGAUAAAGUUGUUGCCAUUAUAUUAAUUUAAUUGUAUUAAAUGAGACAUUUUUGAGGCCAGCCUUUAAUUAUACAUUCUUGUAUGUUAACCUGUCUUUGUCUUGCAUUUUUCCAACAUAUCUUCUGAUCAGCACUGUAAUGGAAUUUUGUUUCAUUUGCCCCAGUUAUUUUAAAUUUUUGAUGAUUGUAUUAAAGAUGGUUGUGUGGGGAUAUGACCAAUGUGCUGUAAUAGAACCUAGAUUUAUCUUAAUUUCCAGAAUAUUUCUUUUGCAAAUUUUAUAAAUGUAUAUUUAUGUACAACAGGGAUGAUGGUGAAAGGUUGUUUAUUUUGUGUUGGCCUCUGAGUUCUUUUCAUGCAUUGCAAGAGAAAUGCAGGAGGUUUCAAGGAGAAGACAGUGUCAUGUCAUAGCAAUUUGAGUUCCUUCUUUGAAGUGAUCAGUUUGAAUAUAUUACAAAUUCCUGGUAAAGCUGUGCUUUUCUCCAUAAUACCUCAUGGAUGAGUGAGCCCUGGUCUCCACUGGUUUUCUGGAAGGUUAUUUCAUGGUCCCUAGACAUAAGCAGCUUUUUCUUCUGCUUCUGCUGAGCUCAAUUGGAAAGUGAGUUCUUCUGACUUCACUGAGUUGGAUAUUGAAAAGUUAUAACGCUGGUAGGUCCAUUACCUAUUAUUAGUUAUCAGCUAAUAACUUCUCAAUAUUUUUAAGUUCAAUUUGCUGAAUUGCCUAGAAAUUCUCAGUUUCAUGCAGAAAUUAAUGUAAUGUAAUGUAAUAUAAUGACUUUAUAUAACACAUAUAAUUUUAGCUUUUAACAUAGCAAACUGUUUAUAUUUUCAAUAUUGCUGAAGUAACUCACAUUCUUAGUAGUUUUACUAAAUUUCUGGAUAAAGUUUUCAUGAUUGUCUGCAUGGCUUUAGUCAGUUCAAUGCUUUUGAGUAGAUCAACUCUAAUGAAAAAAAGGUGUGUUCUAUUUAUUCUAAUAUUAUGUAAUGAUACAGUUAAGUACUUUUGGAGAUGUUUUCUAUGAAACCGUUUUAUGACAUUUGCAGUCAUUGGUACCCACUUAUUGUUGAAAUUCUGUCAGUCUAUAUUAAAUUAGUCAUAAUCAUACAUCGGCAUUCAUGUCAAUGCUUUUCUAGAACUGUUUUUAACCGGCUGCAUUUAAAACAGUAAACAUCAGGACCAUUCUCAACUGCUUCAUAUUUUACUCAGUCAUUGCUCUUUGAUGCAUUUAAUCAUAGUCAUAUUUGUUGAAGAGAUCACUACAGGAGACAGCAGAAUAUCAUGCUAUUUGGAAUCUAGUUUGGGAAAAUUAGGGAGUAAAGUAAGGGGUUUUGGCACAGGUGUCACUUCACAUACCAAACCCAACUCAUAGCAAAGUGAAAAGAGUAGUUGAAAUCUUAAUUUAGUACUGCAUAGUCUUUACUUACACCUUUUUCAUGCAAGAAAAUCCGUGAAAAGAUGUCUGCUGAGAUUAGAGAGGGGGUUUAUUUACAAUUUUUAAAAAUGUACUUUAAAAAAUCAGUGUUCAUUUGAGUGGUGUGCAUUGAGCUUUCAAUGUGCUUUCAUGUCUCAUUUGUGGAAUUUUAGCCUUGUUCUUGAACCUAAUGGCGCUGCUGAAAAGCAAUGUCUACUGAGGCUGAUACAGUCUGUGUACUCAAGGUGUGAUAAAGUUCCUGAUGAUGUGGUUAAAAUGUUAUUUUUCUGCACACUUCUAGAAAGAGAAUUUCUCCAAAAUUGAGAAAAAGAAAAAUGGCAAGCAGAUAAACCAAAAGAAUGUUGUUUUCAGCUAAAGGUAAUAAAAUCUCUCUUGUCUACUUUGUGGGAUUACAGUGACUUUUUUUUUUAUUUGUGCCCAUUUUUCCUGUUGGCUUUUCUUUCGUCUAAGUCUCGGACAUGAAUGUGCAGUGAACAGUUUUAAAAAUUUGUAUGGGUUGUUUUCACUUUAAGAGCAUUGGUAUUUUAUAAACAAAGUUAGUAGAGGUUAAAAAAUUUUCCUGAAAGUAGUUUGAGAGAUGUAAUUAGAAAUUACUGUGUUGUCACUAAAGGUUUGGUAAUAUGCCUUUUUUAUUAUAGAUUUAAAUCAUGUUCUGUUGCAACCUUGGAACAUAGUUGAAUAGAAGUUUCUCUGGUUGUGCAUAAUGUGCUGUGUUUACACAGUGUGUUCAUUAUGGUUUAUAAUAUAUGUGUGUCUAUACUGGCAUGU